AUGCCCUUCCGCGUUCCUUCCGCGUUCCAGCACCGGAAGCGGAAGCGGGCGGGACGAGGAGCAGCAGCGCACCGGGGCCGGCGGGAAGCGCGCGCUGGGCGGCAGCGGGCCGCCGCGGCCUCCUCCUCCUCCUCCUCUCAGAGCCGGGUCGUUUCCCUGGGCGGCGGCCGAGGGAUCCCGCAGGCCGCCCCGAUGGGGACCCCGGUGCAGGACUUCGUCUCUCGGCAGCUGGAGUGGCUACAGGCAGAAAGAGAGGCCGAGAUGCGGGAAGCCAGGGCAUGGCAGGAAAAUAUCUCCCUGAAAGAGCUGCAACGCAGAGGGGUCUGCUUGCUGAAGCUUGCAAUAGCCAGUCAAAGGACUGGGUUGUAUGGCCGGCUGCUUGUAACUUUUCAGCCUAGAAAGCAUGGCUCGGAACUCGCAGAGCUGCCUUGUAACCGUUUUGGGCCUGGUGACAUUGUCGGACUGUAUGAAAUGGCUGGCCAAGGGGAUCAGCUGGCCACAGGAAUUGUCACCCGCAUGGCCCCCAAGUCAGUUACAGUUGCAGUUGAUGAGCCUCAGAAUAACCUUGUGAGCUUGGACCAGGAGAACUCUUAUCGCCUGCUGAAACUUGCCAAUGAUGUUACGUAUAAGAGGCUUAAAAGGGCUUUAAACACACUCAGUCAGUAUCGCUCUGGCCCAGCCUCUGGUCUUAUUGAUGUCCUUUUUUGCUCUUCUGAACCCAGCGACUCCAGUGAUACAAGGCUGUUGAAGUUCUGUAAUGAAUCACUGGAUCCCUCCCAGAAGGAGGCUGUUUGCUUCUCGCUGGCACAGAAAGAGCUUUCUAUCAUCCAUGGGCCACCUGGAACAGGCAAAACAACAACUGUGGUAGAGAUAGUACUACAAGCUGUGAAGCUAGGCCUGAAAGUCCUGUGCUGUGCUCCAUCUAACAUUGCCGUGGACAACUUGGUCGAAAGACUCGCUGGCCAUAAGGAACGGAUACUUCGCCUUGGUCACCCAGCUCGCCUCCUGGAGUCAAUACAGCACCAUUCCUUGGACGCAGUCUUGGCACGUGGGGAUAAUGCCCAGAUUGUAGCAGAUAUCCGGAAGGAGAUAGACCAAGCGUUUGCCAAAACCAAAAAGACCCAAGACAAAGGAGAGAGAAGUCAUUUUCUAAAUGAGAUUAAGGGGCUGAGGAAAGAGCUGAAGGAACGAGAGGAAAUUGCUAUGUCUGAAAUCCUGACACGGGCUAAUGUCGUUCUUGCAACAAACACAGGAGCCUCUUCUGAUGGCCCACUGAAGCUGCUUCCUGAAAAUCACUUCGAUCUGGUGGUUAUUGAUGAAUGUGCCCAAGCGCUUGAAGCAAGCUGCUGGAUCCCUCUGCUGAAGGCCAGAAAGUGUAUCCUGGCGGGAGAUCACAAACAGCUGCCUCCCACAAUCAUCUCUCACAAAGCUGCUGCUGAUGGACUUUCUCUCAGCUUAAUGGAACGUCUGGUUCAGAAAUACGGCGAUCGUGUUGUGAAGAUGCUCACUGUGCAGUAUCGAAUGCAUCAGGCCAUAAUGCAGUGGGCUUCCACUGAGAUGUACAACGGCCGCCUCUCAGCUCACCACUCUGUUGCACAACAUUUACUGAAGGAUCUGCCUGGUGUGACUUCUACUGAAGAGACUAGUAUUCCAUUGCUACUUAUAGAUACAGCUGGCUGUGGCUUAUUUGAACUUGAAGUGGAAGAUGAACAGUCUAAAGGGAAUAAAGGUGAAGUACGUCUUGUCGGCUUGCACGUACAGGCUCUGGUAGGAGCCGGUGUCAAAGCAAGAGACAUUGCUGUCAUUGCUCCUUACAAUCUCCAGGUGGACAUGCUAAGAGAGCAUCUGAGUCAUAAGUACCCAGAGCUGGAGAUUAAAUCGGUGGAUGGAUUCCAGGGCAGAGAGAAGGAAGCUGUUGUCCUCUCAUUUGUGAGAUCCAAUAGAAAAGGUGAAGUGGGAUUCCUUGCUGAAGACCGGAGAUUAAAUGUCGCAAUUACCCGUGCUCGACGCCAUGUGGCAGUGAUCUGUGAUUCUCGGACCACUGGCAAUCAUAGGUUUCUAAAAGGGCUGGUGGACUAUAUGGGUGAACAUGGAGAAGUGCGCACAGCUUUUGAAUACCUAGAUGAUAUUGUGCCAGAAAACUAUUCUCAUAAGAGCUCUCAAGGACUUAUGGAGCAGGGAAAGAGACCUAAAGUUGUUCCACAUAUUCCAAAGGCUGAUGGUGAGAAACCAAAAGAAAGGUUAGCAAAACAUACUACUCAGAGACCAGCAGAAGGUUCUGUGCAGAGCACGGCCAGGGUGACCACACAGGAAAUGGGGAUGAAAGAAAAUGAACAUAAAGCAAGGAUAUUGGACUUUCUGAAGAGUAGUGCUACACAACUGGAUUUCCCAUCAUCAUUAAAUGCUCAUGACAGAUUGCUUGUCCACCAGUGGGCUGAGGAGUAUGGGCUGCAGCAUGUAAGCACCGGGGAAGGUAAAGAGAGGUACAUCAGCAUCUGCAAGAAGAUGGCUGCCACAAGUUUACCUCAGGGAGAUGGUGAGGCCCAUGAACAACAGUUACCUCGCAGGUCUCAGAGUCCCCCAAAAGAAAUUAAUUCCCACAAGAAAGGAAGCAGCACCAGCAUAGGGAAAGUGGAUCUGAAAACAUUGCACGAGGAGCGAAUGCAAAGAGAGAAGGCCAAGCAGGAGGCAAGAGCAAAACUAAAUCAAGAACUGAAUGCAAAUCUUCAGGAAAUUGCUGAGAAGAAACUCUCAAAUGAAGCCAGAGGGAAAGCUGCUGCUAAAACAAGAGUGGAAAAUGUCACUGAGGAAGACUUCGAUGCUUUGAUUUCUGCUGCAAUGAAAGCGGACCACACCUGCGGGUUCCCCACGUGCAAAGCCAGUGUCAUGACCCUGGGGCAGCUCUGCCUGCACUGCAACAAACGUUACUGUCUCAGCCACCACAUCCCCGAGAUUCAUGGGUGUGCAGAAAAGGCCAAAGCACAUGCCCGGCAGAGAAUCAGCAAGGAAGGUGUUCUCUAUGCUGGGAGUGGAGUGAAAGACAGGUCCGUGGACCCAGCCAAAAGAGCUCACCUCCAGAGGCGCCUGGACAAGAAACUAGGUGAACUGUCAAACCAGAGGAAGGGUAAAAAGAAAGACAAAGAGAAAUGA